GCAGGCUGAGCUUGCUCCGGAAGGCGGGCAGGGGGCGGGGCACAAAAGGGUUUUUUUUUUUUUUCCUCCUCCCCUCCCCCCCACCUUCCUGGAGCUGCCGCGGAGACGCGCAGGUGGAGACAGCGCUCCCCGGAGGGGGGCUUCGGCCUCGGGGGCCCAGGAGAUGGCUGCGGGGACCCGCCUGGAGGACGGUUCAUUGGAUCUCACCCAGAGUAUAGAAGAUGAACCCCUUCUAGAUGCUCAACUUCUGCCACAACAUCCAUUGCAUGUUCAUUUCAGACCUAGAUUCCACGCCCUUCCUACUGUCAUCAUAGCAAAUCUCCUCUUGUUAAUACAUGUUAUAUUUGUUGUUUUAGCAUUUUUAACAGGUUUGCUUUGUUCUUAUCCUAAUCCAAAUGAGGACAAAUGCCCAGGAAACUACAUCAACCCAUUUAAAGUUCAGACUGUGGUCAUCCUUGGAAAAGUGAUUUUAUGGGUCCUUCAUGUGUUUCUUGAACGUUACAUCCAGUAUCACCAUAGCCAAGUGAGAAACCGAGGCUACAUCAUCAUCUACAGAUCCACAAGACAUCUGAAAAGAUUGUCAUUAAUGAUACACUCUACUGGCAAUGCAGCCCUACUCCUCAUCCUGUGUAUCCAGCACUCCUUCCCUGAUCAUGGUCCCCUCUAUCUCUACUUCAUCCUGGCAGUUCUGGCCUUGGAGCUGAUUUGUUCCCUGAUAUGUCUAGUCAUUUACACAGUGAAAGUAAGAAGAUUUAAUAAAGCCAAACCAAGACCUGAUAUAAUUGAAGAAGAGAAGAUGUAUUCAUAUGCCAACAAUAGUACCUCAGAGACUGGAUUCAGGACUAGUUCCAGUCUAGAAGAAGUAGUUGAAAAGCAAGGAGAUAUAAUAGAAUACCUGAAACGACACAAUGCUCUGUUAAGUAGGCGACUACUGGCCUUCACAUCCCCUGAUUCAGCUUCUCAGCCAAGUAGAGAGUGAAGGCUCUCAAAUCUGCAGCAUUUCUAGAAUAAUCCAAAAUAAAACCGUUCAUAUUGGACCUCCGGACAAGCUGCUAGAAUUCAAUUAGAGCUUUUGCUGGCUAGCUUUUUAAAAAAUAAUUUAUAUUGGAAACUUGAAUUUUGUUUUUAGGUAUGCUGGACUUUUCUUCUGUUGCUACAGAUAUAAGACUUCUUCUGUAUCUGAAAAAAACAUUUCUAUGAUCAGUACUUAAAUGUAUAGGCUUAUGGGGCAGCUAGGUGGUGCAGUGGAUAAAGCACCGACCCUGGAUUCAGGAGGACCUGAGUUCAAAUUGGGCCUCAGACACUUAACACUUACUAGCUGUGUGACCCUAGGCAAGUCACUUAACCCCAGUUGCCUCACCAAAAAAAAAAAGAGAAAAAAAUGUAUAGGCUUACAGAUACCCAUUUAACUAUUUUGUUUCCUUAAAGGUGUAGUUUCAACUGCUCCCCUGUUAACACAUCCAUAUUAACUUAAAGCUUCUGUUUCUUUUCUCUUUAUAGAGGUGUAGUUAAUCAUUCCAGAGAAGUUUUUAAAUAGAAGAACUCAAUCUAAGUUUCUUAAGGUUACCAAAGCCACCAUGAUUGUGUAAGACAAAAAAAAAUCCCCUCAGAUCAUUUCUAUAUGCUUGCCUUGUGGUGCUGGGCAGAAACUCAGUUCACUCACACUAAGGCUGGCAUUAGAAAGUUUACAUUGUUGAAUUGAUUUUUAUGAAAGGAACCUUGUCCAGUUGACAAAAAGUAAACUGAAUUUGUUUCUCCAUUCUCAUCUUAAUUGUAAAUUUAGAGAUAAGGCCAAAUUGGCAACCUGACAUAUUCAGUUAACCAUAUAUCUUUAAUGGUUCAAAUAAUCUCUGAAAGAUGGUGAUUAGUCAAAUACAUUAUUUCCCCUCUGCCAGAUUUCAUUUUAGUCCACACAUUUGCAUUAAAUUCUUCUUUAGGAAAAUCUGGUUUGUUUAGGUUGUUUUUUUUGAAACAGAGGUUAGUCCUGUGGGUAGGAAGAAUGGGUUUCUUCAGUGUGUCAAUAUAUUUAUAGAAACUUGUGUAUAUAAUAUAUUAUGUAUACAUUUAUAUUUAUCUUUGAAGACUCAAUAGUUUAAUUAUACAUCACUUGCAAGAUGUGCAGUAUUAAGCUUAUCACUUUUAUUACUACUUCUUAAUUAGUGAAUGAAGUGAUGUAUCCUUUUAAGGUGAUUGUGGCACCUGCAAACAAACAGUUCUCUGUGUGUGUGUGUGUGUGUGUGUGUGUGUGUGUGUGUGUGUUAGGAUGGAAAAAUAUGCUCUAUGUAGCUUCUGACUUGUGUGAGUAUGUCUGGGUCCUUUUUUAAACUCUAGAUUUUAUCUGGGUUUCCUACUUUGUAUUUGUUGAUUUGUAUCUUAAUGCCAUGCCAUUCCUAAGGAAGCCUCUUUCUCUUGCAUUCUAACAAAAGUUAUUAUGCUCUGCCAUCAACUUUCCCACCAUUCUUUAAGGUGUGGAGGAGGAGAGAUUAUUUGGCAACUCCAUUUGGUGUCUAUAAUUCCAUUUUAGUCAUUUUGUAAGAAUUAUGGAAUGUGUUUUGGUUUAAAUGACAGGUAUGUUGUGGAGAUUUUUUUUAGGAUACUCAGGUUUUGACAUGUGUGUGUAUGGCCCAUCUGUACUUAGUUUCUAAACUGAAUAAUAAAUACUUUGAAUUGUUCAAACAAUAAAUACUGCUGA